AGCUGCCGCACGUCAUGAUUCUACCCCAGAAUAACCUGACAGACGGGGAAGAAGAUCUGCCUGAAGAGAGUAUCUCGUUGUUGUCGGCGCUUCUAGUUGGUUCGCUAAACUUCCCAUUUGAUCGAUCGCGACUCGCCCCUCGAAGACAACCCUCUGGGAGGUCCUUCACUCGAAAACUUUGAUCUAACAAUAAGCUGUUCCCUUCCUCGAUCCACCACCACCAUCAUCCUAUCUAUUACCAUCGAUUACGAUUCAACACGAAGCAUUCCAUUUCCCGCCCGUUCGUCUCGCGUCCCAAGUACAUGUCCGCGUACUCGCUAAUCGCGAAAGAUUUCCGCGCUGUCGCCAUCUCCGACAGAGUGACUCUUCGAGGGUUCGUUCGCCCGCUUCUUUCAGGAUUUCUCUUCCUGAUCUUGAUAUUUUUAUCCGUCGCGGGCAACAUUUUAGUCUGCGUGGCGAUUUACACGGACCGCGGUUUACGGAGGAUAGGAAACUUGUUCCUGGCGUCCCUCGCGAUAGCCGACCUGUUCGUCGGUUGCCUGGUUAUGACGUUUGCCGGGGUGAACGAUCUUCUCGGUUAUUGGGUGUUCGGCCCGCGAUUCUGCGACACCUGGAUCGCCUUUGACGUUAUGUGCAGCACUGCCUCUAUUCUGAACCUUUGCGCGAUCUCUCUCGAUCGUUACAUUCACAUAAAGGAUCCUCUCAGAUACGGUCGCUGGGUGACGAGAAGAGUCGCGUUCGCUGGAAUCGCUAUCGUUUGGUUGCUCGCGGGCCUCAUAUCCUUCGUACCCAUCAGUCUAGGCCUCCACCGAGCGGACGACGAACCCAUGAUGUACGACGAAGAGGAACACCCUAUGUGCGCCUUGGACCUCACGCCCACCUACGCGGUGGUAUCCUCUUCUAUAUCUUUUUACGUGCCCUGUCUCGUUAUGAUAGGAAUUUAUUGCAGGCUCUAUUGCUACGCGCAGAAACACGUGAAAAGCAUCCGCGCAGUAACGAAGCUGCCGGACACGUCAAUGGCCAAAAGUUUUCGCUCGAAGAGCACACGCAACAAACCACCGAAACCGCAGACGAAAACGAAGCCGACGAGUCCGUAUCACGUGUCCGAUCACAAAGCCGCGAUUACAGUCGGUGUGAUCAUGGGCGUUUUCUUAAUAUGCUGGGUACCCUUUUUCUGCGUGAAUAUCGUCGCUGCGUAUUGCAAGACCUGCAUAUCAAUUCGAGCAUUCCAAGUACUCACUUGGCUUGGCUACAGCAACUCGGCCUUCAAUCCGAUCAUCUACAGCAUCUUCAACACAGAGUUCCGAGAAGCGUUCAAGAGGAUCCUGACGAAGGGUGCACGAGCCCGGGGGAACCAGCCGUCGACCAGCGAGUGCGGAGAAUUCCGGUCCGUCGUGGUGCAGAAGCGGAACGGGUCCAUGAUCGAAUGCAAUAUUAGUCCAAGAUCGAGCGCGGACAGUUGCCAGGUCGGAUUAAUGGCGCAAAGGCAUCGCGAUACUAUCGUCAGCGCGAUAUAA